AUGUUCUCCUUAUCUCAGAGGUUUCAGCAUAUAAGCAACCAAGCAUUGAGCUUUGCAAUCUUCGCAGCGGUGUUCGUUGUUGCAACAACCUGGGCACAGCUUUACCGGGACAAUGUUUUUGAGCUGAGCUCCUCAAUCGGAAAAGUGGACCCAAACAUUAAUGUGAGAACAAGCCGUUAUUAUGGAUCAGUGAACGGUAAACCCAAGGAAAACAUACGGCUGACUUUCGAUUUGGAUGCAGAUUUGACUCCGCUCUUCAAUUGGAAUACCAAACAGAUCUUUGCCUACGUUACUGCCACUUACAAUGGGAAGUUAAAGAAAGAUGUGAAAAGCGAAGUCACUUUCUGGGAUACCAUAAUAACUGACAAGGCCAAGGCACACAUCACGCUGGAUAACGUGAAGUCUAAGUACACCAUUUGGGAUUUGGAGGAGAAGCUAUCGGAAAGAGAGCUGACUUUUCAUUUAAAUUGGAACAUCCAGCCUUGGAUUGGCUCUUUAGUCUAUGGGGAAACGACAGGUCAAACACUGGUGACAAUUCCAGAGCGUAAAGUGGCUCCCAAGAAAUCUAAGAGCCCAGCAACGGAAUCAGAAGCGAAUUGA